CUAAAACCGUUAAGUGCCUGUUAACGGUAGAUGACGGUUACCGUCUGUAAGAGCGAGGAGCUGUACAUGGAUGAACUAUUCGUGCCUGUAUUUGUUGUAAUACUAAUCAGCAGAGAAAAGGAUGGAUCCAAAGAAAGGGUUCAGCUUCAAACUCCUGCUGCCACCUCGGGUCAGCCACGGUCAGGUCUCCGCUGUGAGACCCCAGGAGAUCCACGACAACUGCGGGGACUUUUUGACCCCAAUGCAACAGGGCUUUACGAAAUGUUUUGACCAGGAACAGCAUAUUUCCAAUAAUAAAAGCAUAGUUGCCCCAUCUAAGCCAAACCAAAGGCAAGACUCUGUGAAGAUGAAAAUUGUUCCUCCAAUGGAAAAGGAGGAGAACAACAGUAAUGGGCAACUUUAUAAGUUGUUUGAUGAGGUUGAGAAAAUAAGGAGCUGGAAAGUGAAAAUUGAUUCUGACAUAGUUCAAAAAGAAAGGAAGCUCUAUGAAAACAAAAGAACAAUUGAAACACAGCGCAAAGCUAUUCAAGAAUUGCAGUUUGGAAAUGAAAGUCUUAGCAUAAAACUGGAGGAGCAGAUUAGUGAAAAUGAAGAGCUUACAAACAGAAACAACACAACACGAAACUUGUGCAAUAUUCUGAAAGACACAUUUGAACGGUCUGUUGAGAAAAUGCACUUAUUUGAACGUGAACGGGAGGAAACGCACAAUCUCUUGCUGGAAUACCAUGAAAACCUUCAGAAACAUCUUGAAACACUGGCAGCCCUACAGCUCAAAUCAGAGGCUAACCAUUCAGAACUACAGAAAGCUAAAGAUGAGCUAAUGCAGUUUGAAGAUCAGCAAAAGAAAUUACAACAAGACAUUGAAAAGAAGGAGGAAGAGGUUGAAGCUCUUCAGACUAAGCUUAGAGACAAUGACGGUAAUUUAAACAACAUGUUUGCAGAGCUCCAAGACAUUAAAGAACACAGCAGGACGCUUCAAGAAGAAAUAGAUCAUAAAAGUGACCUCCUCAGAAGUUCAAAUGCUGAACAUGAUUCCCUCAUUAAAAGACUGCAAGAUGCAGAAGAGCACUGUAAAGAGAUGGAGCAAGCUAUGGCCACUCUGCUCACAAAGACGGAAGAAUAUGAAAACAUGAUUCAAACUAAAGAGUUGAAUAUACAAGAGCUGACCAGAGAAACGGCUCAGCAGAGAGAAACACUUGUGCAGAUGCAGAGAACUAUGGAUGAGCUGCAUAAGUUACUGGACACUGAGACACAGAAAGCUACUGAACUGGAAGAGAGAUUAAAGGCUAAUUUUCAAGAAUUUGAAAAGGCAAAGAAAGACAUUGGAGAAAUGUCUGAACUGAGUGCACAGAAAGAGGAGAAGAUCAACAGUCUCAUGAAACAACUAGAUGCAACAGACAAAUUUAUGGAGGCUAUAAACAACAGAAUGUCAGAAGUCACAGGCAGAGCAGAGGCCCUGGAGGCUGAGCUUUUGAAUAAAACUGAGGAAGCUCAACAACUAAAGGUUCAAGCUGAUGAGCUACAAAAGCAUUUGACCAGUGAACAAAAGAAAAACGAGGCAAAGUCAUCUGAAGUGGAACAAUUACAGAAAGAGAUUACACAGCUCAAAUGGACAUAUGAAGAGCUUUUGUCGAACUUUAAUGAGCUUCAGUCUGUGAAAAGUGCCCUUGAACUGAAGCUUGAGAGUCGAUGCCUUGAUGUUCAAUCUGCUGAAGAAAGGCUUCUUCAGGCUCAGGAGCUGACCAACAAAAUUGUGCAAACUGAAAAUGAAAAACAACAAUUGCGCUGUGAACUUAAUUCCAUCAAGACCACUCUUCAUCACAAAUGUCAGGAAAUUGACAUUUUGAAAAAGAACCUUGAAGAAAAUGGUGAGAAUUUGUUGGAUGAAAUUUCAAAAAAAGAAAGAAGAAUUAGGGUUAUUGAAGCUAAGAACAAAUCACUGAAAAAGCAAGUGGCUAAACAAACUUCCAAAUCCAGUGAACUACAGAAUGCAAUUAGCAAUCUCCAAGAAGAAAACCAGAGCAUAAAAAAUGUGCAUGAAAAGGAGCGGCAGAAAUUACUUGAAGAUCUGCAAAACAAGUCAGCAGUUGCCCGAGAGCUGGAGAUUGAGGUUAAAAAACUGAGAUCAGAAACAGAAGAGGCUAUCAGGUGCCAAGAAGAUGCAGAGCUGAAAUGCCAAAACAAGAUCACCGAUAUGGUCACGCUCAUGGAGAAACACAAAAGCCAGUACGAUCGUAUGGUUGAAGAAAAGGAAACUGAACUCCAAGCAAACAAGGAAAAGGAGAUGAAAGCUGUUGCACAUGGAAAAACAUUGAAACAGGAACUCUCAAAGCAAAAGAAAGAAAAUGAUUCUUUGAAGAAGGAGCUAAAAGAGCACAUUAAAGAGAAGGAAGACCUGCAGAAGGAGCUUUUCAACUUAAAGAAUGAAAAGAGAAAUACCCAGACACUCGAUGAUUCCAAACAGAAGUUACCCAUAAAUGACAAUAAAAAGGAAGAGGAAUCCAAAACUCCAGUGGAGAGCCUUAUAAAACUGUACAGAUUUGACUUUUCAAAGGCCAGAAAAAUGGUCUCCUUAAACAAAGAUGAGUGGGGUGCUGCUGUUGAGAAAACAAGUACACAGGUACCAGAGAUCACAUCAGUGCAGACUUCAUGUCAAACAACUCCAAGAAGCAUGGUAUGCUCCCAUUGUUACAUUGAAUUGACAGCAUCUUUAGUUAUUGAUAUACUUUCACAGAGCAUCCAUAGUAACAAUGUGAAAACGCCCAAAAGUAAUGCAAGUCGAUCUGCAUCAAAGAUUAAAUCUUACAGAAUUCGUACUCCACCCUCGACUGAAAACAAAUCAGCUUGGGAAAAAGGCACCAUUGAACUAGACCCAAAGUCAGACAGCUCAAAUCAAGACCUCUUGAUGUUUGCAAACACGUCUGCCCCCGUAGUCUUAGCUGCACACUCCUCGGACAACUUGUUUAAGAGUCAGAGUCCUCUAAAUUUGAAAUCACCCAAAAACCACUUAAAGCUAGCAGCAAUGAAAAGAAUGAGAGAUGCAGGCUGGACCGCUGUCACAGGUGAUGACAAAAAAAAGAAGAGGACCAUUGAAAAAAUAUUUGCCUAAGCAGUUGUUGUAUUUUGACUUAACAAGUUAGGCAGGUUAGUUGCCUCAAGAUUGUUCUUAGUCACUAUUGGAUCUGCAAUUUUUUUUACAUUCUAAAACAUGAAAUUAUACAGUAUUUAUAUCUUUGGUGUGUUCUGUGUUCAGUCUAUUCAUUUAAUGUAUUGGCUAUAUUGCAGUAUUGACGUUUGCUGAUGUUUGUCAUUGUUAAUACCCAGAUAAAUUGGUUUAUAUUCAUUCUAUUGUUCUCAUUAAUAAAUAACACAUUCUGCUAUGUCAGAA